AUGCCUAUGGAAUUGGCUAUGAAGCUACUGAGCAGUGAAGCUGCGACACUCAGAUACCUCAAAUCCCAUAGCGAUAUUCCAGUCCCAGAAGUAUAUGACUAUUGUGCCUCCUCCAACAAUGAUAUUGGGGUGCCUUACAUUCUCAUGAGUAAAGCACCCGGCUGGCCAUUAUCAAAAGUCUGGGGAUCUGUCAGUUCGUCUCAACAAGACCAGGACCACCCCAGCAAAGCCAAAGUUCUCACCCGGCUGGGCAGCAUUACCUGGAAACUCUCACAGUUGCGGCUCGAAAAUAUCGGCUCACUUUUUGAAAAUGAAGGGUCGAUCGAGAUUAAGGAAAGCCUCUGGCGUGCUCACAUGUUGCAUGGACGAUAUGCUUUGGAGGUCGCACGCGGGCCGUUCCCUUCGAAAGCAGAUUUCUAUAAUAGUCUUCUUUCUGCCUUUAAGGAGCAUGCAGAGACCCUGCAGCUAUCACAUCAUUGCUUUGUCGCUCCUGUUCCUUCUCCGGAAGACUAUCCAUCCAGCGUACAAUAUAGGAGCGCUGUUAGUCUAUGGAGCGACUUCGUGACUAUCGGACACAAAAUCGACUCGUCGGACAACAGACUGGACUACAUUAUUGCUGGCGAUGCACUUCGUGAGAUCGUUCAAAAUUUCGAACUCCCAGGCGCCAAUGCGGAGACUUUUCCAUUAUGCCACGCUGACCUGAGCGUCAAUAACAUAUAUGUUGACGAUGAUUACAACAUUACGUGUAUUAUUGACUGGGCAUUCGCCUCAUCUAUCCCGGAAUCUCUGCUGUUAGCCCCCCCGGGAUUACCACAAUACCGCGAUGAACUCAGUCCAGAGCUACAUCCAUCCUUCAUAGAGGGAUUUAUUGAUUCUUUGCCAGCGUCUAUCGAUGAGAAUUCAGUUCACAGAUACCGCGAGUUAGUUCAGCGCGGUCAAGUCUCCUGGAGACUCAGUCAGCUUCUGAAUCUUGAUUCUAUUAACGAUUACGACCUUUUCGCUUCUGUGUGGCCCUUUGCACGAGGCCCCGGAGAGGACGUGAGGGAAUACUUCUUAAACCAGCGGCGCUCCCCUCACUACACCAAGCUUUAUGAGGAAAUCCAGGAAGAAGAUCAGCCACUCUCAACAAUUGAAAAAGAUGAACGAGACUAUUUCCAGACCCAAGGCCUGAGAAAAGCAAUAGCUAAGAAGCUAACAUUCAUUUCCAAGUGGAAACAACAGCACCCAGCCAACAAUCCGUCAAAAAUUCGCAAAGAUAUGUUUGUGGCUACUCCUCAACUAUGGAAAUAG